CAGGAUCCCUGCGCUCCCUUUGGCACGGCAGUUCCUGAAGCACUUGAACAUCUCCCAGGGAAAAGCCAAACGAGGGAACAUCACAGCUGCACACUAAUGGACUGGGAAUCACGUUAGGGAGCUUCUGAUGCAGCGAAGGUUUAAUCAAGGGUUCGUGUAAAGCUGUUGUUAAAAAGGAGAAGUAAAAGGAUAAGUCAGAAGAGCCUUGUGAUUUCUGUGCAAGGCAAGCUGCUUGGAGCAUGAGGAGGGAACUGGAAACACCUGAGAAGCUGAAGGUGAAGCACUGAUCUGAUCUCCCGGCUGGAGCAGCUCCCUAAAGGAGAAAUCUCCGUAACGUCUUUUAUCUUGGGAAAGAAAUGUCUGCCUACGAGUCUCUGGGACAAACAGAGUGGUAGUCAGGAUCGGGGCCUCACUGUGCGGGGCGCACACACAUAACAGGAGACAAGCCCUGCACCAAAGAGCCUGAGAUAAUUAAAGGCACAAGGCAACAAGGCAAGAUGGAAGGGAAGAAACCCAGAGCAGAAGAAGGGACUUUCAGCGGUGCCCACAGCAGCUCCGAGCUGAGAAUCAUCCUCGUUGGCAAAAGCGGCUCUGGGAAAAGUGCGACUGGAAACACCCUCCUUGGGACGAACCAGUUCAGGUCCCAACUUGGGGCAAAGGCAACAACCACCAUGUGUGAAAAAGGGCAAGGUGAGCACAGCGGACAGGGAAUCGUGGUGAUCGACACCCCGGACAUGUUCAACCCCCGCGCCUGCAAUGCAGAAACCUACCGAGAAGUCAGGCGCUGCAUCGCGCUCUCUCAUCCGGGCCCCCACGCGGUGCUGCUGGUGACCCAGCUGGGCCGUUACACUGAGGAGGACAAGGAGGCCGUGAAGUGUGUCCAGGAUGUGUUUGGGAUGGAGGUCCUGAGGCACACGAUCAUCUUAUUCACCCGGAAAGAAGACUUGGGGGGUGACAACCUGAGGGACUAUGUGAGAUACACAAAGAACAAAGACCUCCAGGCCCUGAUCCAUACAUGCGGAGAGCGAUACUGCGCCUUCAACAACAAAGCGACCAAGGAAGAACGGGACAAGCAGGUCGCUGAGCUGAUGGUCAAGAUCCAGAGGUUGGUCCAGGAGACUACAGAUGGCUAUUAUUUCAACGAGAUGUAUCUGGAGCCCAAUUUAACUGAAGAGAGCGUGAGAUACCACAUGAGAAGAUAUAGGACAGUCAGGGAACGGGCUAAGCAACGCAUCUCUAAAAAAUGUGUGGGGAUCCUUUUGGCCACCGUGGUUGGCUUUCUUAUUUUUGUCAUUUUCCUUGUUUUAAUCUGUAGACAUUAAUCGUGUGUCAUCUCAGUUGUCCAGCCAGCAUCGCCCCAUCGUUACUAUUGUUAAUCGUGUUUAUUGUGCUAAUGCUUCAGAGCCAACCAAACAGAUGCCCGCUGUGCCUCCUCAAUGUAACACCUUUGUACCAAACACAAUUACGGUAAUAAAAUAUACUGCAGAA